AUGGGUAUGUGUUAAAACAAACAAGCAGAAUAUAACUCAAAAAUACCCGACAUUUCAAGCGAAAUUCUAGAUGAGGAUGAUGUCGACGACAAGAUUGGAGAAACCACCUAAAUGCCAUUUGAAGGCGAAAACGGAAAUCCUAAAACUACGCUUACACUUUCCGAUUUUGAACUUUUAAAAGUAAUAGGUAGAGGCUCAUUUGGAAAAGUCUUGCUCGUUAGAAGAAUCGCGGAUCAACAAUUGUAUGCAGUGAAGAUUUUAAGGAAAAAAUUGUUACAAAAAAAGAAACAAUAGGAAUAAGCACUAUAAGAGAGAAAAAUAAUGACGCUUGUUAACAGUCCCUUUUCUGUAAAAUUGCAUUUCGCCUUUUAAAGUCCAUCAAGACUCUAUUUGGUUAUGGAUUUCAUGAUUGGCGGAGAGUUGUUUCUUCAUCUCAGAAAAAGACAAAAAUUUAGUGAAGAAUGGACUCAAUUCUAUGCAGCUGAACUGUUAAUUGCACUUGACAUCUUGCAUUAAUAAAAAAUCAUUUACAGAGAUUUAAAACCAGAAAACAUCCUCCUAGAUAAAGAUGGACAUGUAGUUCUUACAGAUUUUGGAUUGUCUAAAUUAGGAUAUGAGAGAAAUGAAAUGACUUAUUCGUUUUGUGGUACUCCAGAAUAUGUUGCCCCUGAAAUUCUAUAUUAAAAAGGACAUAGCUUUGUAGUUGAUUUCUAUAGUUAUGGAGCCUUGAUAUACGAAAUGCUGAGUGGUGCUCCUCCAUUUUAUUCAAAAAAUAAAAGAGAAAUGUUAAAAAAUAGAUGUGAAAAACCUUUAGAGAUGAAACCUAACUUCUCUCUUUAAGCCUAAUCUUUAUUAAAGGGAUUGCUAACAAAAGACCCUGGAUUUCGAUUGGGUUCAAAUGGGAUCCAAGAAAUCAAAAAACACAAUUUUUUCAGUGGAAUAGAUUGGUAACUCGUAGAACAAAGAAAACUCUAGCCUCCAAUAGUUCCUCGAAUUCAACAUCUAGAGGAUUUGUCUAACUUUGCUCCAGCAUUCCUACAAUAGCCUUUAAUUGAAACUCCAGACUCUUAACAGAAUGUUUAUUUUGAAGGGUUUACUUAUUAAUAAGGAAUGUGA